AUGACCAGACCGCCAUUCCGCGCCAUCAUCGUGGGCGGCGGGCCCGUUGGUCUCACGGCUGCGCAUGCGCUCUCCAAAGCCGGGAUCGACUUUGUCUUGCUCGAGAGGCGUCUGGCGGUCGUCGAGGAUGUCGGUGCUUCUUUGGUGGUGAUGCCCAGCACGUCAAGAGUGUUCUCGCAGCUCGGCAUCUUGGAUCGCUUCCGUGCCAUCGGUGCAGCCGUCGAACGUCUCUUCGCCACCACGUUGGAGGGCAAGAAACUUUACGAAAUUGACCCUUUUUUGUUCAUGGCAGCUAACCAUGGCGAUACACCACGAGUUUGCCACCGCGCUUUCCUGCUCAGAAUCCUUUUUGAGGGGCUUGACCAGUCGGCACGGUCCCGCAUUCUGACGAACAAGGAGAUCGUCGACAUCUCGCUUGAUGACGCUGGUGUGGAUGUACACUGCGCUGAUGGCACGCAUUACAAAGGGGUCAUCGCUAUCGGCGCAGACGGUGCUAACAGCUACGUCCGUGAGGUGAUGCGCGGGCAGGCCUUGAAAUCGACACCGGCAGCAGCCAUCAACCCUGCGAACCCGUUUCUGGCCGAGUUCCGCGUGCUGUUCUUCACUUUUCCACCGCCAUCUAGCCUCAAAACCGGCAUCGCUUACGAGUCCCACGGCCAGGGCGCGAGUACGCAGCUGGUGAGUCGGGGCGACAGGGCGUGGCUAUUUGUGUACGAGCCCCUGCCGGAGCCUACGCGAGGUCGAGUCUCGUACACGCAUGACGACGUGGUAGCGUGCGCACAGCGAUGGGGCCACCUGACUGUCGGGGGAAACUUGAAGGUCGGCGAUCUGUUCAAGCUGAGGUACCACGGCAGCAUGGUCAAUGUAGAGGAGGGCCACGUGGAGCACUGGAGCUGGAACCGCUUCGUGCUCGUGGGCGAUUCUGUGCGGAAAUUAUCACCACCCACUGGGAUGGGAUAUAACAAUGGCGUCCAGGACGUUGUUGCCCUGACGAACGAAUUGCGCCACAUUGUUUUUCCUCCCGCAGACAAUCGCGCUUCUUCCGACGGUGACGAGGAAGAGGAGUCCAAAGGGGAAGAACCGGGGCCAACGGUCGAAACUCUGUCUGGCGCAUUUCGGAGAUACGAAACCGUUCGACAAGAGGGUUCUAAGAACGACAUGUGGGCUUCAGGUAUCUACCUAAGACAGGGCGUUUGGCACAGCAGGCUCUACUGGCUGGCCGAUAGAUACAUUCUACCCUGGCUGCCCGUCGGCCCCCUCUCGUGGGCUUUCGCGCGGAUGCUUAGUGCAAACCUCAGGAGCGCGCAGGUCUUGGAUUUCGUGGAGGGGGAAGAGCCAUUCAAAGGCAGCAUGCCUUGGGUUCAUCCUAUGGCCCGGCCGAGUGAUGCCUGA